UCGCGGUGGACUCCGCAUGGCGCAGGACCUUGAGCUUGGGAUGUCUGUGUCUCCCGGCUCUCAGACACAUCUGGACGCUCUGCUUAGAAACCUCUACGACUUUGGGGAGACAGAAGAUGAAGCAGACCAAAACUAACAUCCAUGAGAAAGACAUGAGUAUACAAGAAUUUAACUUAGAAAAGGCACGUUUGGAAGUGCACCGGUUUGGGAUCACAGGUUAUGGAAAAGGAAAGGAAAGAGUACUGGAACAGGAACGCGCCAUUAUGCUGGGUGCUAAGCCUCCUAAAAACAGUUAUGUGAAUUACAAGGUUUUCCAGGAGCAAAUCAAAGGAAAAAGGGCAGCAAAGGAGGAAGAACAGAGAAUGGCCCAGGACACAGAUAUUUUCAAGAAAAAGAAGAGGAAAGGGCAGGAAGACAGGAAACUCAAAAAGAAGAAAUCAGCUCCCAUUUUGUCAAGUGGAUGGAGUAGACAGAGAGCCUGGCCCCACCUUACUCCUGCCUCCCACAGCUGCAUGGCCCAGACGACGGAGCACUGUCCCAGGAGCUUCUUCCCAGUUGUGGACACCUCUGUGAGGAUCAGUCCUUACUCCGCACAAGCUUCAAGCUUCCUGCUUAUUGUUCCUCCCAGUGAUCCACCAAGGGAAGUUGUGAUUCCUGUCCCUGCAACUCUUGGUUCUGUGGACCCAGAGACUGUUUCCCAACGGGAGAAGCAGAAAACAGUCUGCAAGUGGCAUAAUAUACUGAAGAAUCCAGUCCCCAAAGGCUCAAGGAUAGCCUUUUCCAGGUAAAGACGAGAACCUGCAAGCUGGGGCUCUGAAGGAGUGGUAUCCUGGGCAGGAACUGGCACUCAGAGCCUGAGAUUCCAGAGUGUCUCUGCCUGCUGCUCUCUGGAUGCCCAUGACAAAGACUGCCCUCCUCUUG